GAACUGUGGCGGUGUUGUCUUCGGGGGGGUUUGUGGCUGUGGGGGGGGCCAACUCUGUUGCUGUUGCUGCUCGUUUUUUUAACAAACCCUUAAUUGCUGUUGCCCCUCUUUUCAAACUGACUUAUCUUCCCUUCUUCGACAACCAAAGCUCCAACGAGCUGCUGCCCCCCGCUGCAGCAGUGCCGGACGGGCUGAACAUGGGCAACGUCAACAUAAGCAUUCCAAUGUUUGACUACGUGCCCCGCUCGCUGGUGUCUGUCUUCAUCACCGAUGUGGGAGCAGUCGAUCCCAGCUACUUGUUUGCACUUUCCCGACAGCGCUACCACGUCGACGACUUGGCUCUCGGCAUUGUCGACUAG